UUUAUACCUUCUGUUUAGGUAUUCAUGAACACUCAGACUUAACCAGAGAAGAGUUAAAAAAGUUGGGAGGUAGCUACCGUCGUAUGAGCGGCAAGGAUUGCACGACUCGGGGAGCACCAGCAGUAAACCCACCCGAAGCAUAUGACUGGCAACUGCAAGGUUCCAUUGUCACUCCUGUGAAGGCCCAAAAGUGCGGAGAUUGCUAUGCCUUUUCUGCUACAGCUAAUAUAGAAAGUCAGUAUGCAAAGAAAUACGGUAAAUUGGUGGAUCUCUCAGAACAGCAGAUGCUAGACUGUACUACGGUCAAAGAUAGUUGCUCCGGAGGAAGUAUGUUACAUGCUAUACAGUGA